AAAUGAAAAAGAAAAAGCAAAGCAAAAUAUCAGUCAGGUCAGGUGACCGUGUCACAAUAUUUUUAAAACAUUAGCCGUAACAACGGCGCCGCGGCUGCCGUCGUGUCUUCUCCCGAACAUCUCCGACUCUUCAUCUAACGCAGUCGAAUCUCUGACUGGAUUAAACGCAUCGUAUAUCGCUGCGGAUAUAAGUAUCGUAAAGUGUUGUUGUGUACGCCUUUAUGGAAACCGGAUUGUGCAUUAGAGUUCCGAAUGGCAGCUGUUCGGCAUCGAACUUGACUCGUGCAAGCUACCUCUUUGAACAAUCUGUUCCAACUCUAAACCGUGCUUCGUGUCAUCAUUUGACUUUUCCUCGUAAAAGUUGCAUUGUUAAAGCAACUUUGAAGGAAGUCAGUAGUGACAUGAAAUAUGCUGGAAAGGCCAAAGUGAAAUCUUCUGAGAUGGAGCUCUCAAGUUUAACAGCCAUAAGUCCUUUGGAUGGACGUUACCGGGAUAAGGUCAAGGAUUUAUCCCCCUAUUUGAGUGAAUAUGGCCUGAUCUACUAUCGAACCCUUGUUGAGAUCAAGUGGCUGCUAAAGCUUUCACAAAUUCCUGAAGUAUCCGAGGUUCCCAGUUUCAGCAAUGAAGCUCAAACAAAAUUGCAAGGAUUGAUUGAUGGAUUUAGCGAGGCUGAUGCAAAACAAGUGAAGAGUAUCGAGAAAAUAACUAAUCAUGAUGUGAAAGCAGUAGAGUAUUUUCUCAAAACAAAAUGUCAAGAAGAUCCUGAGAUUGCUAAGGUACUAGAAUUUUUCCAUUUUGGUUGUACAUCUGAAGACAUAAAUAACCUUGCUCAUGGACUGAUGCUAAAAGGUGCAAUUAACUCAGUUGUUCUCCCUGUCAUGGAUGACUUAAUUAAUGCAAUAUAUACUAUGGCCAAAGCUAAUGCAUACAUUCCUAUGCUUUCUAGGACUCAUGGACAGCCAGCUUCACCUACAACCUUGGGGAAGGAAAUGGUAAUAUUUGCUGAGAGAUUGAGCAGAGAGAGGCGAGAUAUUUCACAAGUAGAGAUAUUGGGAAAGUUUGCAGGCGCAGUUGGUAAUUAUAAUGCACAUGCUGUGGCAUAUCCUGAUGUAAAUUGGCCAUAUGUUGCAGAGCAGUUUGUAAACUCUCUUGGAUUGAGCUUUAACCCACAUGUUACCCAGAUUGAAUCUCAUGACUACAUGGCUAAACUUUUCCAUGCAUUCAUCCGUUUCAAUAAUAUUUUACUUGACUUUGACAAAGACAUAUGGGGCUAUAUAUCUGUGGGCUACUUCAAGCAGGUAACUAAGGCUGGUGAAAUCGGGUCGUCAACAAUGCCGCACAAAGUGAACCCAAUUGACUUUGAAAACAGUGAAGGCAAUCUUGGCAUAGCUAAUGCAUUGUUAGACCAUUUAAGCAUGAAGCUGCCUAUCUCACGUUGGCAGCGUGACUUGACUGAUUCUACAGUUCUGAGAAACUUUGGUCUGUGCCUGGGCCCUUCUCUUCUUGCAUACAAGAGUGCAUUGGUAGGAAUUGGGAAGCUUCAGGUCAAUGAAGCCGCCUUAAACAAAGACCUGGACAACUCAUGGGAGGUUCUGGCUGAACCAAUACAAACAGUGAUGAGAAGAUAUGGUGUUGAAGAACCUUACGAAAAACUGAAGGAACUUACCAGAGGAAGGACAGUUAACAAAGAGAGCAUUACCGAAUUCAUCAAUGGGUUAGAAAUACCAGUGGAAGCGAAGACUGGGCUUCUAAAGUUAACCCCCCACAACUAUGUUGGAGUUGCCCCUCAGCUCGUGGAGGAUGCUUGUGACAGGGCUAAUAGGUCCAAUUAAGGUCACAAUGUAAUAUUUUCCAGAUUGUAGUUUAUAAAGUGGUACAUGAGAUCGUUUCAGUACCAAAUUUUGUCCUUCUAGGCAUAUGUUAAGAGAUGUGUAUCUUUUUUCAUAUCCCAGUAUUAAUGAACAUUUGCCUAAACAUUUUCUCUUGGAAUUUAAAA